GAAUAGGAAGCUGUCGCGUGUUCGCCUCAUGGAUGGUCCGCCUGUACUACGUCAGUUAUGGCUGCGUUUGGUUUUUGUGGAGACUGGUGUCUUCUCACCUGCGACAAAAAAAUAGUAGCGGUUCACAGCAAACAGAGCAGAGACCCAUAUGUGUUUGACUGCAGCACUGUUGAGAAGAAGCCAAAGAACAAAAAGAAUGAAAACAGAUCAAAUGAUGAUGGUGAAUCAGAGGAUACAGGAAGUGACAAAGUCCUCGCAUUUGCGGUGUCUCCCUCUGGAAAGCUGGUGGCAUUAACUGAUGACACCAAGAGACUGAUUCUCUUACGCUGUGGUGAUGCUUCAUGGCAAUGUAUCAGCAUCAGGUUUGUGGUCAGGAGGUGCACAGCCCUUGUGUUCAGUCAGGCUGAGGAUGAGCUCCUGGUGGCUGACAAAUCAGGAGACGUGUACUCCUUUUCAGUCGUGGAGCCGCAGAGGGAAGGUGAAUUGAAGAUGGGGCACCUGUCCAUGUUGCUAGCAAUAACUAUGUCACCAGAUGAUAAGUACAUCGUCACGGCUGACCGUGAUGAGAAGAUCAGAGUGAGCCACUUCAGGUGUCCAUACAACAUCCAGUCCUUCUGCCUGGGACAUCAAGAGUUCGUCAGUGCACUGCUUAUCCCAUCAGCUCAUUCCCACUAUCUGCUGUCUGGAUCAGGGGACGGAACUGUGAAGCUAUGGGAUUUUGAGUCUGGUCGCAGGCUGCAGAGCUGCGACCUCAAACAGCUUGUGGAGGAAUUGAGCUCUGAGGCUGAUAAAGAGAAGAAGCCAACAGUGAGUCAUAUCACCAGCUCUCCUGAUCAAUACCACGUCGCUGUGCUGUGUGAAAGGUUACCAACAGUUCAAAUUUUUACUCUGAACCUGGAGAGUAAAGAGAAACUUGUGCCACACACUAGACUGACCUUGCCACACUGUCCCCUGGACAUGACGUUUGACCUGGAAGGAAGACUCUGGGUGCUGAUGGACUCCAGUGACACAAUGCUGCAAAUGUACUCGCAGAGACACGGUUCCUGGGAGUGUGAUGCUGAGAGCCAAGAUCUCAUGACAGUCACUGAAGCCUUCCAGCCACACUGGGAGACACUUGAAGCCAAUACAAGGACCAACAGCAGGUUUGAGCAUCUGGUCAAGAGAAGUUAUGACAACGUGGAGGCGUAUUUGCACAAGAAGCAGCAGAGACUAGACGAGCAGCAGCUAAAGAGGACCAAGACACGCAAAGUAAAUGAUGACAAGAAAGCCAGGAAGGAGAUGUCAAGGGAUGUAACUCAGUCAUCAACCUAAACGUCAGAACAGUGAUUUCCUUUGUGUUGAAUGUGUGAAGCCUUUGGAUAGUGUGUGUUCUGCUAUAUGGCCUGUGUAGGUGGUUUGGUUGUUAUCCUCGCUUUUUUUUUUUU